AUGACGCAAUUACGUAUUCGGAGCCUGGGCGUUUAAAAAAAAAAAAAAAAAAGCAAAAUGGCAGCUGGGACAGAUCACGGACUAAAGAAAAUAGUUUGGCAACGAAUUAAGGACACUAUUAUCGCAGACUGCAGGAAAUCGGAAGUAUGGAAGAUCAUGAUGCUGGACAGCUUCACCACACGGCUGCUGUCGUCGUGCUGCAAAAUGUCCGACCUGAUGUCCGAAGGCAUCACGAUUGUGGAGGAUUUGUUCAAAAGCAGAGAGCCGGUUCUGGAGAUGAAGGCCAUCUACUUCAUGUCUCCUACUGCCAAGUGUGUGGAUGCAUUCAUAAAUGACUUCAAGCUCAAACCCAAGUAUAAAUCUGCGUACAUCUACUUCACCGACUAUUGUCCGGAUGACCUUUUCAACAAAAUGAAACUGUUCUGUGCAAAGUACAUCAAAGUGUGUAAAGAGAUCAACAUCUCCUUCCUGCCCUUAGAGACUCAAGUGUUCACCUGUGAUAAACCAGAGGCCUUCAAAAACAUCUACAGCCCUAACAGUCAGGAUCGAGGAACCACCUUCGAGAGCAUCGCAGAUCAAAUUGUCAGUCUGUGCGCCACCCUGGACGAGUAUCCCGGCGUCCGAUACAGGAAGGAUUCAGGAUUAGAUUACGCUAAAAUGCUGGCCGAGCUCGUGGACAACAAACUGGCCCGACAUUACGAGCUGGACGACGACAACAAGAAGAAGGAAAAGACCCAAGCUCAGCUAAUCAUAGUGGACCGCGGGUUCGAUCCCGUGAGCCCGAUUCUCCACGAGCUGACGUAUCAGGCGAUGGCUUACGACCUCAUACCCAUCAGCAACGACACCUACAAGUAUAAAGGGAAGGAUGGAUCAGAGAAAGAAGCUUUACUGAAUGAACAUGAUGAGCUCUGGAUGAAACUGCGACACAUGCACAUCGCAGAGGUCACCGCGCAAAUUCCCAAACUGGUGAAGGAGAUCGCGGCUAACAAGAAGCAGCCUGACGGGAAGAUUUCAAUAGGAGGAUUAUCCCAGCUCAUGAAGCAGAUGCCCUCGUUCCGUAAACAGGUCACUCAGAAAACCGUUCAUCUCACCCUAGCAGAGGAUUGCAUGAAUAGGUUCCAGAGCUCAGUGGAGAAGCUGUGCAAGGCAGAGCAGGACCUUGCGGUCGGUUCAGACGUAGAAGGUCUGAGGGUUAAGGACCCCAUGAGGACGCUGCUGCCCAUCCUCCUGCACCCCUACAGCACCCACGACAAGAUCCGUACCGUACUGCUGUACAUCUUCAGCCUCAACGGGACGACCGAGGAGAACCUGAACAAGUUGGUUCAGCACGUGAAGAUCGAGACGGAGCGGGAGUACAUCACCAACUGGAAAGAGUUAGGGGUGCCGAUCAUCAGCUCGUCGAGCAUGUUUUGCUCCCGGAAGCUGUCUAGAAGAGAUCGCUCCCAGGAGGAGACCUACAACCUUUCAAGAUGGACGCCGGUUAUCAAGGAUGUGAUAGAGGAUGCCGUCGAUAACAAGUUGGACACGAGAGACUGGCCACACCAGUCUGAGUGUCCCGCUGCAUGGAACGGAUCCCGAGCCGUGAGAGUCGUGAGCGCAAGGCAGAAGCCUAAGCCGAACUCCCCGGACGACCACAGGAGCGGCUCGCGCCUUAUCAUCUUCAUCCUGGGCGGAGUCUGCUACUCAGAGAUGCGCUGUGCCUAUGAGGUCACCAAAGCCAGCAAGUCCUGCGAGAUUAUCAUCGGUUCCACUCAUGUCCUAACUCCCACCAACCUGCUAGAGGACAUUCGAGAUCUGAGCAAGAAACCCAUGGAGACUUUCACAGUAGUGGAUGAAAAAGCCAGCUGCUAAACUUCCUCCUUUGAUCCUUCUCCUCCUCCACUUCAUUCGAUCUCCAAAACAUUCAGCAUUGCGAUUAGAGGAUCGGAAGGAACUCGCUUUUUUUUUUUUUUUUGGUUCUACGCCACACACCUGGCACAGGUAAUCACUAGUCCCCUCAUGUGUGGAAAGAAAGCGGACGGAUAACCAGACCUCGUCAUACAGCUCGAACAAAUGUCAAGAAGAUGAUUCCAGAUUUGCAGGGUUUAUCUGAGCAACAUCAGGCGGUUUAACAUUGUUCAGGUUUGUGUGAAGACGACCAGGAAUGAAGAGAUGUUUCAUAAACCCCACGUGAACCACUUUCCUGGACUUUCUGUGUCUUUUGGAGCUGAAACGCUUGUGUUCAUAUUCAUUUGCGCUAAAUAUUAUAUACACUAUACGGACAAAAGUAUUGGGACACCUAAUUUUUUCCUCCAUAUACAUGGUUCUUCUCCAAACUGUUACUACAACGUUUUAGGCACACCAUUGUACAGGAUGCGGUUUCAUAAAAUUUUAGACCCCGUUCCAGCAUGGUGGUGCUCAUGAAGAUCUGCUUUAUAUGGGCUGGAGAGGAAGAUCUGCUCUAGGGAUAUAAUUCCUACUGAGCACUUUUGGGAUGAAUGUGAACACUGACUGCACAGCAGGCCUCCUCACCUUCUCAUCUUCAUCAGAACCUGACUUUACUAACACACUUGUAAACACAAAUAUCCACAAGCACACUACAAAAUGUAGUGGAACAUCUUCCCGGGAGAGUGGAGGGAAUUCUGAAAGCUAAUUGAGCCUAAAUGUGGAAUGUGACGCUCAAAAAAGCACCAAACGUAUGACCAGGUGUCCACAAACUUUUGGCAAUAUAGUGUAUCUCUCAGUGGAAAAGUCUUUGAUUCCAUUGAAUGUUCUAGAACCAGCUUACUUUGUCUCCAGAGUUGCCCAGUGUUGAGGUGUGAAGAAGGUAUACAAUGUGGACAAAAGUUUGUGGACAUUUGACCAUAUGAUUUUUGUGUGUAUCCACAAUUAGUCUUAGUCUUCUGCGAAGAUGUUCCACUAGAUUUUUUGGGGGGGAAACUGUCCUCAUUCAGUGAUGUAGGUGAGAGGGUGAGGAGGCCUGGGGUGCAGUCAGCGUUUACAUUCAUCCUGAAGGUGUUCUAUAGCAGGAGAUCUUCAUUUAAUGGAAAGCAUAUGUUCAUAGUGCACCAUGAUGAUGGAACAGGUUUGGGUUUUUCUUGUUCAAGCUUCAGCAUCGGGAUUCAUCCUAUACUAUUGUGUGCCUCUGAAUUUGGUGAAGAUCCAGCUGGAAAAGUAUUAAUACGUCGCUCGCUGGCUUUUCCGUCUUUUUCAAACCGAUCUCUGAACAACCCAGUGGUUAUUGAACUACCAUAGAAAACCAGUGCCUUCUGUUCAUAGAUCACUGGAACCGCAAUCCGUUUUUAUCAAUACAGCAUUAAUUCAGCCUGUAAUUGUGCACAGGUUUUUCUUCUUCUUUUUCUUCUCAGAAAGGUGUUAAAGAGACUCUUAUCGCUGUCUUGUAUGUACACCAGCCUCGAAUUUACCUUCUACUGCAUUUAAAAAAAAGCUCUGUGUUCAAGUUCCUCACGUCUAAUCAACAUCACGUUCCUCACAGCCGACUCCGGACCUUCACUCGUGUGCCUUUUUUUUUCUCCCGGAACAAAUCGCAACAAAAUGUAAAUACACUGUACAUGUAUGUUUGCGUAGACGUUCGGAUUAACCAUAUUUGUGUGCACGAUUUUGUUGCGGUUUUACACGUUUAAUCAUCAGAAUGCUUUUUCUGAACGAAUAUAACGAACCUGACUUUCUAUUAAACAACUGACGAAUAAAUUAAUGAUGUGCUUCCA